AUGUCCAAUUUCGAGCCCAAUGCCGUCAUCCGCGGCUUCCAGCUCGUGGUGGUUGGAACUGUUCGAGCUUUGACGAACCCGGAGCUUUUCAAAUAUGAACACUUCCGCCAGGCUGCCCUUGCCGUGGCAGUUGGUGUGGCUAUUCAGGUCAUCGUUCAAAUCCCGAUCCAAACCGUCAAGUUUUCUGUCUACAUGGUCUCUUUUCUGGUUAACCUUAAUCAAGCAACAUGGGACAAUAAGCUCUUAAACGCCCUGGAAUUCAUUUCAAAGUCUGUUCUUCAAGUGCCUUUCCUGUUGAUGACUCUGAUGGGAUACCUGACCCCGACUCUCGACGAAAUUUUCAUGCAAUCGAUCUAUUGGGUAGACCGUACAUACAUCCAAAAGCACAAGUCCGAGAACCCCGACACGCUGCGCGCUAUGUACUACCCUAAUCUGGUUAUGUACCCAACCAAAGGCGGCCCUGGUAGCUCAGCGCCAAAAUCGGAGGCUUUAUUGGCCUUUCUCAACCGCUACGCCAAGAGGGUGGGUAUUCUCGUCGGCGUAUACCUAAUUUCCUGCCUCCCUUAUAUCGGUAGAUAUAUUCUGCCGGCAGCGAGUUAUUACACCUUCAGCAAGCAUGUCGGGUCUAUGCCAGCAACGGUCAUUUUCUGCGCCGGCUUAGUUUUACCCAAGGCAUACCUUGUACGAUUCCUGCAUACCUACUUCGCAUCCCGCAGCCUGAUGCGAGAACUGCUCCAACCCUACUUCCGUCGUGUCAAAUUCACCCCUGAACAAAAGCAACGCUGGUUCAGAGAUCGUGAGGGCGUGCUCUUCGGUUUUGCUUUCGGCUUCACCGUGAUUCUGAAAACUCCGUUCAUUGGUGUCCUCAUGUAUGGCGUGGCGGAGGCAUCUACUGCGUAUCUUGUGACUAAGAUUACCGACCCACCCCCACCACCUGCGAGCAGCGAGGGGUUUGCGGAAAGUCAGGUCACCUGGGCGAACAAGCAUGACUUCCUGCAAUUGUCUCUUGACAAGAUUGAUAACCUCAAUGUCGCCAGUGAUGAGAACGAUGGUGCUAAUCCCAAUCCCCCGAGCAAAAAGCUCUCAUAG